AUGAAGAAAUCAAAUGCUUUUAGACGUUCUUCGGAAAAGAAAAUUUAUUUUUGUGAUGCUUUUAAGGAGAAGAUAAUUAAAUAUAUAAAUGAGGUAAAACUUUCUCCAUCUUCUCCUUGUCUUACUUCACUUAAAAACAAAACAAAACAAACAAAAAAAGUUGAGAAGAAAUUUCGUAAUAAUGCGCGCGAGACCUUAGAUAAAAUCGUACCCAAAAGAACAAGAAAGAAAAUUUCUAAAUAA